AUGGCUGCACUGAGAAUAGAGCACAUGGUUUACCAGGAUACACUAUCUAAGGUAAGAGCUAGUUCAGUAACACCAGGAGGUCAAUUGAAUGUAUAUAAGGAAAUUAAGGAAUCAAGCAAAGCUCAAAAGCAGAAUUGCAUUAACACGGGAGGACAUAGGGCUUGGGUAAGGUUCCUUUGUGCCAAUUAUUUGACAGUGAAAGGCAUGAACCUGACAUAUAUCCCUCUGAUUAUUAAAGAAGGGGAGGUUAUGGUGCAAUUAGAAGGUGAAGAUAUAUCUAAAAGAAAUACCAUAUGGAAAAAAGCUCUAAUUAUGUAUGUAGUGGGGAAUAUGCCAAUGAUUGGAGCUGUUGAGAGAUUCAUCGCAGCACAAUGGCAAUUUGUGCAGAAGCCAAGGGUAUAUCUUCAUGCAGAAAGGUAUUUUGUAGUAAAAUUCUCUUCUGUUGCAGAGAGGGAUGAGGUUUUUGUUUCGGGUCCAUAUACAUUGGCUAGCAGACCUAUUAUUCUAAAAGCAUGGACGAAUGAGUUUAAUCUCCAUGAGAAAGUUCUGAAAACUAUACCCUUAUGGGUGAAACUCCCAACGUUACCUUUGAACUACUGGAGCAAUAAGGCACUAAGAUUGGGAGUGCACUGGGAAAUCCCAUUUACGCAGAUGCUUUCACUAAAAAAUGUGGAGAAAAUAUCAUAUGCAAGGUUACUUGUAGAAAUAGAUGUGAUGCGACCCUUGCCAGGUAGUGUGAAAGUGUGUGAUACUGAAGGAAAAGUUUUGCAUCAAAUAGUCUUGUAUGAGUGA